AUCAUUUUCAGUACAAACUUUGUGUCGAGCACACGUUAACCCACUCCAAUCAAAUAAACGCUGCCUAUCAAAGCUCUACAAGUCAACGCUCAACAAUAUGAAAUCUUUGAUGAUCUUUGGUUGUGCCCUCAUGAUGAUGACGUUGAUGGGACCAAUGCUGGGCGAUUGCCUGCGUAUGAAGCGUUCUCAGGGCGAUACUGCCAGUGAUUAUAAUGAAACCACUACCAUGGGCAACAAUGCUUCACUGAGCGGCAAGGCCACCUUGGUGGCCAACAUUACUACAACUGGCAACACUGGAACCACUGGAACCACAUCUUCAAAGCAGAAGAUUACAGCUGGACCGAAGCGCACUACGGGGGUGUAUGGAAAAAACAUGAAUGCCACCACCGCUGCCUCCAGCACCACAUCACCAGCAGUUGCCGUUGUGGCAUCCACAUCCACAUCCUCGCCUUUGGAGGCUGGGAAAUUCCAGCUGGUGGAGGAUAUGAUGGGGCUGCAUCGCCCCAAGAGGCGUUUGGGUAGCCUGAUGGACGAGAGUGUGCAGCCACGACAAUUGUACCACAAGCGUCGCCAACCGGGGGAAGUGGUGACCACCUCGCAGCCACCGCAUCCACCCAAUCCCUAUGUGUACUACAACAAGCUGGUCUCGCCGGAUGGCAAACACGAGAUGAAGGAGUUCGAGCUGCUGGCACCCAACAUGAUGAUUGAGAGUGUGCAGCAGGAGCUGAACUAUGGGCCGGAAGUGCUGCCACCGGAAUUGGCCGAAGUGCUCCUACUGAAUGCAGCCGAGAACACUCCACGCGGCCUCCAUAAUUCAGUUCCAUUGAAGCACCACCACAAGCACAAAUCCUCGCCGGCUUUGCCACCGAUGCUCUACAUGCUGCAACAGCUGUUGCAGCCACCAUUUGAGGGGAAUAUUUUGGUGGAGCCACCAAAGGAGCCGCUACAUCGCGUUAGCUCUCCCCUUUAUCAGUUCCUUGAUGGUGCCAUGGAUCUGGCUUUGCGAAGCAAUCCCGAUGUCAUUGAUCGCCUUUUGGGGGAUCAUCUAGAGCUAGACCUAGAGAAAGACAAACUAAAGAGCUCCAAGGAUAAGCCCAAGAAGCCUAAAAAGGAUAUGCAAAAGACAGAGCCUAAGGAGGAGCUCAUCGUCAGCUGUCCCAUUCACCACGAGCAUCAUGCCAAUCGUAACGGCGAGGUGGUCGAGGAUGAUGUCGUCCUGGUCAACGAGUGUCAUCUCGUCUAGGUCAAGAGGCAAUUUUCACUUCAGUUUAUUGAAAAUUUUUGGUUUCUUGUUUCAUCUGCAUUCGUUUCUCUUGCUCCGACAGGAAAAGUCUGCCUUAAAUUGUUUACAUAUAUUUGUUAAUUUUCUGAAGUUAUUUUAAGGCCGGCUUUGUUUUGAGAGCAAGCACAUUGGACAAUAAAAACUAAAUACACGA